AAAUGGUCACAGUCCACCCCCACACCUCUGUCAUGGUGUGGUUUUUGUUGAUGUGAAACUGUGCUCACCUCAGAGAGCAGACCUCAAACAGGCAGAACUAUGUGUGACAGAAAUCUUUAACUUCAGUCAGAGAAUAUGUGGAUUACCGCUUUCAUCGUUACUCUUGUCUGCUUUUCUGAGACACAAGCUGGUGGUCGAGAAUUCGCAAACAAAGGAAAAAAUAUACCCACUCUCCGUCCUCCUCAGCCUGAUGUUAGGGACUCUUCCACAACUGGCUAUUCAACACUGAAACCCACAGUUUCUAGCAACUUCUGUGAAGAUGUCAUCAGUGAAUGUCGACAAGGAGGUGCCUGGACCGGAUGUUAUGAGGACAGGAUUGCAACGUGUCGACCGAGAGGCCGUAUGUUUGGCGUGUCAUUCGUUCGGCAGAAUGUUAACUCUUCCAAGGAGGCCGAAGUGAGUCCCACCCCUCAGCACCGGGUUCACAUCCCGUCCUCAGCUCUCCAGAAAAGCAGAGGAGCUAUGUCAGGGGACGAGGUGCUGCUGGUAGCCACUGUGCUCAACAGUACUUACUUUAAGCUGAGUCCACCACGAAAGAGCAGAUCAAGCAGAUCAAGCAUGCCGCUCCGCAUAGACGGCCUUGUCAUGGGGGAGUUUGUGCUGGUGGUGAGAGCGGGGAGUCAACCUGUCACAGGCCUCUCACAACCCAUCAGAUUAACCUUCACACAAAACAAACAGGAAAAGAAUGGGACUUGUGUGUUCUGGGUUGAGCAAUCAACACUGAAUGGAACAGGUUACUGGAGUCCACAGGGCUGUGAAACCAACAACACAGGAGCUGAAUUUAUUUGCAGCUGCGACCACUUGAGCUUUUUUGCUGUGCUGGUGAACCCUGAACUAAAAGUGGACAAAAAGAGUGCUACUGCCUUAAGCUACAUCACCUACAUUGGCUCAGCUCUGUCUGUCUUCUUCAUAACCAGCAGCCUGAUCAUCUACAUAUGUCUGCAGCAGAGGCGUCCAGAGAAGGCCGUGAGCGUGCACAUGCAGCUCACAGGAGCGCUGCUCUGCCUCCACCUCAGCUUUCUGCUGAGCUGCAUCUGGGUGUGGCAGCUGAAGGAUGAUGAGGAUGACUGGGUUUGUCAUGGCCUGGGUGUGGUCCUGCACUGGUCCCUGCUGACCACCUUCACCUGGAUGGCUCUAGAAGGCUUCCACCUGUACCUCCUUCUGGUCAGAGUGUUUAACAUCUACGUCAGAAGAUACCUGCUCAAACUGAGCUUGGUGGGAUGGGGACUUCCUACACUGAUUGCAUUGGUUUGUGGGAUCUCAGGUGUUUAUGGAAAAUUCAACUUAAAGGUGGAGGAUGAAAACAACCCAAACUUAACCGCACCAAUAUGUUGGAUAAGCAGUGAUUUCAAUCAGCAUCUUGUAGUAAUCUACAUCACCACCGUGGCCCUCCCAUGUCUGGUGAUACUGUGUAACUCCUGCAUGAUGGGGCUGGUGGUGUUUAAGCUGUGGGGAGUGAGGAGGAGUGGUGAAGGCGGCGGUGGGUGGCAGAAGAUGAACAAAGAGAAGGGGUCCAGGUUAUGGAAGGACUGUGCCACCGUGCUAGGUCUCAGCUGGGUGCUGGGUCUACCGUGGGGGUUAGGGAGCACCACCUAUGUCUCCCUGGCUGGGAUCUAUGUGUUCACAAUACUCAACUCCCUGCAAGGUGUAUUUAUGUUCCUGUGGUCUGUUGCUUUGAGCUGCAAGACUCGAUCUGAAAACAACUCUUCAUCUAGAGACCCCUCAUCCCAGAAAAUGAUGACAACAAGCUUUAAUAACUGAAUUUCCCUCUAAAUGUAGUAUUCAUUGCUUAUAAUAGGUUUUUACUGCAACCAUGCAGUUAAUUCAAAACGAAAUACCUCUUAAUUUCUCUUUCACUUAAGAGCACCUUUGUUCUUAAAACCCCCUUACAAAGAUUUUAAGAAGAUUCAGACAUCCACCAAAGUUUUCUUAUCUAGGAUUUGUUCUUAGCUAAGAACAAAAUCUGAGAACACUCCAGAGCACUCUUCUGCACAUCACUGAUUAAGGCUUAAAGAUAAUCUUAAGUGAGAGCAUGAUUUCUUUGGUGGUGUCUUCUGGCUGUCUGCUCUGGCUGAGUCAUCUCAGCUAACUCAGUCCCUGAACUUCACCUCUCAGCUAUGUUUUUGUUGUUAAUGUCUUUAUUUGGAUUUUUAAAGCAAAAUCAAACAGAUGUAUUAGUCUUUCUGUGUGGAUUAUGGCACAAUACGACAAGACGAUCAUGAACUAUUCCUCAAUAUUCAAUUCAAUUCAAAAUCUUUAUUUAUUCUCGUAAAGACAUUGAGGUUUCCCUCAUGUCCAAUGUCGUCUUGAUCACAGGCACAUUAGAAACAAUGA